AAUUGUUUGACAUUUCUUAAAAGUUGUUUGGUUUCUAUCCAAUUUGAAGAAUUUCCACUUAAAAUUUCUUCAAUUCUUCUAAAUUACUCCAUAAAUUCCAACCAAAUACAAAUAACAAAAACCAAAAACAUGGAUGAACAAGCCUGUCCACGAUGUAAAACAACAAAAUAUCGAAAUCCCUCUCUAAAAUUGAUGGUAAACGUUUGUGGUCAUACACUAUGCGAAAGUUGUGUUGACUUGUUGUUUCUAAAAGGUUCCGGCUCCUGUCCGCAAUGUAAUGUCCCUUUACGUCGAAAUAACUUCCGCGUCCAACUUUUCGAUGAUCCAAUGGUUGAAAAAGAAGUCGACAUUCGACGAAGAAUCUUGCGAGAUUACAACAAAAAAGAAGAAGACUUUGAAACGUUGAGAGAAUACAACGAUUAUUUGGAAGAAAUCGAACAUAUAAUUUUCAAUCUAUGCAAUAAUAUCGAUAUCAUAGAAACCAAUAAGAAAAUCGAACAAUAUAAAAAAGAGAAUCGGGAGAUUAUUAUGCGAAAUAAAGCCAAAUUGGGAAGAGAGGAAUACGAACUCGAGGAAAUGUUGGAAAUUGAGAAGCAACAAGAAGAAGAGAGACGUUUGGAACUCUUAGCUAUCGAAGAAGAAAAUAAAAAGAAAAAGAUUCGCGAGAAAGAAGCUUUAAUCGAUGAAUUAGCUAGAAGUUAUGAAGAUGCUAGUAAAAUCGUGAGUGCCUUUGCUGAGCAGGCAGAAAAACAACGAGAAGAAGCCAAAGUGGUGCCGGCACCUAAAGCAGCUACUCAAUUCUCGACUGGUAUUAAAUUCUCUCGUGGCGGGGAACAAUUAUUUCUGCCAGUUCCUAAGCAAGAUGAGGGCCCAUUGUAUAUUCAUAAGAUUCUAGAAUUGUACAAUGAAGGGCCUCCGGCUCCACCGGAGAGAGAUAUCGAGACAAAGGGUUACAUUUCACAUGUUCGUGGUGAGAAUUUGACGGAGAGAGCGGGUGGUUAUAGGGCGACAAUGGCGUGUCAGAGAGCACUGCAGGAAGCAUUGCAGGGCUUAUUCCAUGGAGGAUGAUAAUACCGUUAGAUGUCUGUUUACAACUUUUGUUAACUACCUCCUUGAAAUAAAAUUAAAGUUAUUGUUUCU